AUGGGUCGCAUGCACAGCAACGGCAAGGGCAUCUCAGCCUCCGCCAUCCCAUACUCCCGCACUCCCCCAGCGUGGCUCAAGACAACCCCAGAGCAAGUUGUUGACCAGAUCUGCAAGCUUGCGAAGAAGGGAGCAACCCCAUCUCAAAUCGGUGUCGUCCUACGGGAUUCCCACGGUGUUGCGCAAGUCAGAGUUGUUACUGGUAACAAGAUUCUCCGAAUCUUGAAGUCGAACGGCCUUGCCCCAGAGAUUCCAGAGGACCUAUACAUGUUGAUCAAGAAGGCUGUCGCCGUCCGCAAGCAUCUUGAGCGCAACCGAAAGGACAAGGACUCCAAGUUUCGCCUCAUUCUCGUCGAGUCGCGUAUCCACCGUCUUUCCCGGUACUACAAGACCGUCGGUGUCCUCCCACCCACCUGGAGAUACGAGAGCGCCACUGCCAGCACCAUGGUUGCAUAG